GUAUUACCUGCUUCCCACCAGUCGAUGUCGAGAAUGCGGACGUCGGACAAGGAAGCAGAGCCUGAGAUUGAUCAUUUACCUCCUGCUUAUGACACAUUGUCAAUUCACGGGGGUGUUCCAUCGAUACCUGCCAUCGCCAUCGCUCUCGCUCACCACGAUGAGGCAACUCCUAUUGGCAGCAUUAGUACUGUUGUAACGGAUGUGCAAGAAUUUGAGCCUCCUUCUCGGAGUCUGGCACACACGUUGCCCAGGAGCAGGAGCAACAUUGACUUUGCAACCCAAGUUACAAAACUUCCAAACGAUGUGGUGAUCCCAACAGUGGAUGUGAACAAAUCGUUCCCAGAGCUCCCGCAAUUCAAUUCUCUUUGCGUCCUCCUCCACCAAAAACGCACUAAGCACACUCAGGCGCGUAAAGCAAAAUCUGGCUCUAGCUCAUGGCUUUCUUUCCUCCCAUUUAUAUCCUCCAAAGCUACGAAACGCGACCGUCAGUCCGUGCUUGCGCUUAUUCACGACCUUGUCGUUCCUCCGCCAAGCAACUCUGGUAACCUGAGUCCCAAAUCUCCGCAAUCGGCCCUAGCAGAUCCACAUGAAAUACUAGCUUCUUGCUCCAAAAUAUGCUCCACGAAGAACCUGUCACUAUCUACGCUUCUUCAAGAGCCACAUAUAGCAGGUCACACUGCCAUCUAUUGGGCCAUCGUCAACUAUAACCCCUCCCUCCUUGAUGCUCUGCUCAAAUAUGCCUCUCCUUUAACCCCUACGACACUCAGUGAAACGAGGAAGGCAUGUUUGGUGGUGAGUAAUCAGCCAUUAUUCCAGAACCUCAGACACAGUGUCGGGCUGUGCGCAAGUGGACUACGGAGUGCUACUGAUGGACUGCUUCUUGGUCAACGCCCACCAGAUGACGUGCGUAUUGAAGAGGGCCCCAAUGGUACUUUUGCUGCAACACUGGAUAUUGCAAUGUGGCAGAAACGUAUACGCGCAGUCGGGAGCGUGAGCGUGGAAUUCAUUGCCUCUGGCCAUAUAUUCGCAUUAACCUUCUUUACCGCCGAUCGUCCGCAACCCAAGUCCAAGUCCACCAAAGACAAAAGAGCGGUAGGGCCCUUGCACGUCUCACUCUCCCUCCUCGAGCACAGCCUACCGACCUACGUGGAUGCAGCAGUAGUCAUCGAUGGACCUCCUCCCCUUCCUCCAUGGCCUUGUCUUCGUCCACCAAGAAACUCCUCACCAAGAAAGCACAUUCACAGUGCUAGUUUCUCAGGCAAAGAGACAGGCUAUGGCUUUGAGAACGGAGUGGGACUUUGGGGUUGUGAAGCGAACUCCAACUAUGAUGAACAAGCGCGCACGCGCUUACCUUCUCCUUCCUCGCUCAGCUCUCCUGGCUAUUCUCGUCCUGCAACGUUCUCAGGUGCAAAUGCACAAGAAAAGAUGCUGCUUCCGCCUCCCUCGCACUCCCACCGUGGGCUAAUCCAGACUCAUUCGUCUCCUUCGCUCAAGCAACUGUCCUCGUCCCCGUCUCGUUCCUCGCAUAUGUUAACAUCUGUAUUGGACAGUAAGGUCACAGCUCUCACGCCCAAGAAGCAGCUCUUGAAGCUGAAGAAUGCUUCGUUGGGAUCCAGUGGGCAUACUCCGGUGGUGCUCCGUUUUAGUGUAGGCAAGUCUCUGCUUGCUUAUCGUAUGAAGAAUGGAGCCGAUCCACACGGCUUACCUCACCCUACUACCAUCAAACCUGAUACCUGGUCCGAACAUGGGACGCGGUAUGUCUCUGCGAUCGUAAUGCCACUCGGAGAACAAGAUGGAGCGGGGUUGAUGUUUGACACAUCCCCGCAUAUUGCGUCUGAUGGUAGUUUACGAGCACGGCUAGAGGCGAGGUUGGUGAAAACUGAGGAAGGAGGGAAAGAGUGUAUUAUUUGCUAGUUUGAUGCAGGGUGAUCAACUUUUUUGGUGUGGUGUUGGUCCAGGCUCGUCAUCUGACUUGGAGAUCUCUGCCCAAACGGACUUCUCAUUACGUGUACUAAAAUAGACUCUAUGUGA